GUCUUCACGGAGUUGGAAAUAUGGGGGUCGCGAGGCGGCGGCGGGGUUUCUCUCGGAGCAAUCUGCCAGGCCAAGGCUGCAGGAGAGCGUGAUCGGCCACUCCGGACGCCCCCGAGCCUCAGUUUCCCUUCCUGGGCCCGCCCCCCGCUUCCCGGCAGCGACCGGCAUGGCGGCCCACUUGAUACGGACAGUGGCGGUUUCUCUCGUGCAACCCUUCCUCCACCUGAGCCGCUGCACAGUGAGAUCCCAAGGACUCUCCACAUUCCUGCAAGGAUCCUUCUUCCGGACGGCCCUCCCCGUGGGCUGCAGCCCCCUGCAGGCCAGCCCAGGGCUCCAGUCCCUUCCUUCCGGCAGUCUGACGCCCUGUCUGCAGCCUGCUCUGGGCUUCAAAACCAAAGGCGUCAUCAAAAAGCGCUGCAAGGACUGCUACCGGGUGAAGAGGCGGGGCCGCUGGUUCAUCUACUGCAAGACCCACCCCCGCCACAAGCAGAGGCAGAUGUAGCGCUUCCCACCCCCACUGGAGGCGGCCUGGGUCCCUGUGCAGAAGUGCUCUCAUUGCCCCAGGGAUUCAAAAUGAAAGGCUUUCUCAGGAAACUGAGUUUUCCUUGUUUAAAGGGAAAUAAAAUGGAAGCAUUCUGUA